AUCUCUCUCGACGCGUAAUCAGUCUCUUUCUCUCUCUAUCUAUCUACCCCGAUCUAGGGUUUCAGAAAUUCAUUCGGUCAAUCAAUUUUGUAACUUGAUAGAGAAAUGGACGCCUUGGAUUCCGUCGUCGAUCCGUUGAGAGAGUUCGCUAAGGACAGUAUUCGUCUCGUUAAGAGGUGUCACAAGCCCGAUCAGAAAGAAUUCACCAAAGUUGCUGCUCGUACUGCGAUCGGGUUUGUUGUGAUGGGAUUCGUUGGUUUCUUUGUGAAGCUGAUUUUUAUCCCUAUCAACAACAUCAUCGUCGGAUCUGGUUAAGGUUUUCUGGAUUUAAAGUCGAGAUCUCUACAAGGAAUGCUAAGUCCUUUGACGAGUGAAUUUGUGUUCUAACUAGGAGUUUCUUCUGCCCUCUUCUUACAUUCUAGAUUAUACAGUUUGCUUUUAACUCUUGUUUCAGGAUUCUUCUUUCAUAGACACAAAGUACACUCCAGUUUUUCUAAAUCAAGUUCAAAUUUUAUUAGCA